AUGGUUGGAAGUGGAGGAAAAUGCACCAGACCAAACACCUGUAAAAACUGCAACCAAGGUUUCUUCAGUGCGCCAGGAAGAGGCUUUUGUGACAUGUGCACUCAAAUCAACAACUGCAAAGUGGAAGACUGCAGCUCGAAAACUGACGAAAGGUGUUUUCGGUGUUACGACGUGCACACAGAUGUAAUAGGAAAAAGAGCUUAUUUUAAAACAUAUGGAGGAAGACAAUGUCUAAAGGCCUGUUCCUGGCGAAGUGACAGCACACGUUGUUAUCCAGGAAUCUGUACGGGGGACGGUUUGGUUGAAAACUGUGUUUGUGCAACUGGAUAUUACGGUGUCCACUGUGAAAAAAUUUCAGACAAACCCAACCUAUAUGACGAACUAUUCACAGUCGCAGACACCAACCACACCACCGAGACACCAGUGCACAACUCAGGCGAGACCACGUCAUGGUCUAACAUCGAAUCACCUUCGAACAUAUCGUACAUGUUUUCUUCAGAUUUUCAAAAAGGUGGAGUCACGUCGCUUGCCUACAUCACUGGAUCAAAGAUUGGCAUUAUUCGUGGCAACAUUACUUUCAAGCUGAAAAGGGGUGAAGCUGUUAGAACAGAAAAAAGACCAUGUCCCGGCGCUAGCAGAAACAACCCAGAACAGAAUCGGUUUCAGUGUACAGGAAGGUUAUUUCCAAAUGAGCUGUUUGGCGUGAAAGUAAAUAUGUCUACACAGCUUCCAUUUCAACACAGUGAUCAGAUUACAUUUUUAAUAGAAUCGGAGAAUGGCGGUUAUGUGGAUGUAAAGAACUUUAUGAACAGUGCUAUAUCGCGAUUCUACCUGGAAGGUAAAACUAUAUCCAGGGAAUUUUCAAUCAUCAUGGAUUACAUAAAACCACACCACACUUGUAAUCCGCCGAGCUCGUGUCCAGACGAUGUGUUAUCAGUACCAGAUGUUACCAUGACAUCUCCCAUUGAGAUCAGCUGGGACAGAUGGGUGGACGAUGACUCUGGCAUCAGUUAUUACGUAUUAGAAGUGUAUGAACUCAUACAUAUUGAAGGUCAAGGACUGAGGCAAAAUGCACGAAUUUCGAACAACAAGAUCACAGAUCAAUCAUUUCAGAAUCUCUUUAUCUAUCAACCUCCGAAAUCUGGUAUUUUUGCCGUGGUUUUGUCAGCUUUUGAUAAAGCCAACAACUAUGAAAAAGCAAGAAGGAUUAUCAUAUUUGACGACUCGUCAGAGGUUUCCACUAAAGCGAACACCACACUUAUUGUAACAUCAGCAUCAACAGAGACAGACUACAUAUGGCAAACCACAGCAGACUCUGUGACUGUGACCUGGAUAAAGAGAUACCUUAAUGCAUUCCAUGAAAAUAACCAUAUGCUUGAUCGCGUUUUGCCAGAAGGAAUAUCUCCAGAAUAUGAUGACAAAGAAGGACUGCGGACCAUCAACAACAUUACAAACAAACAGGGUAUUGUAAAGUUUACGACAUCAUUCAAGAUUGAUCACAAAGGUGGUUCAACGUUCACGUCAACUCCUGUUGAUGAGGAUUUCACUGAUCAGAGUCUGUCAGAGACUCAGACUGUAAGACCAACACUGGAGGAUGGUGACACCUUUAUGUUCUGGGUGAGAGCCUACGAUGUUCGAGAUACGUACUUUGCAGAGAAUGUUACUGUACACAUCGACACCUCACCACCUGUAAUAGAGAACCUUUGGCUUACGAAAGGAGAUCGACUCAAUAUCAGUGUACAUGAUAUUGAGGAAUUCAACAAACUUACCAUUGAGUGGAUAGCUUAUGAUGAUCACAGCGGACUGGAGACAGUGGCAUGGCGACUGUUCGACAACUACACUGGUGUAGACAUUGUUCAUGGGCUAGAGCAUAUUGUAGCACAAGGUGGAUACCAGUCUGUCGAAGCUUGUGAAAAGAAAUAUGGAAGUUAUGCCAGGGGAGCUAACUGCUACUGUACUCCAUAUGUUGGAUGUUUCCACCGUCACUUUCAAGUGAAACCUAUAGUUGUGGCGGCAGGAAAAGAAGAUGGGGGAGUGUUGAAGGACAAACAUUCGGGAGUUCAUGACUCAGACUAUUACCUUGAAGUGACAGUCACCAAUCAUGCAAAACUAACUACCAAGUUGGAUUUUCAGAUAACAAUUGACAGCAGUCCUCCUCUCGGGGGAAUCGUCCAUGAUGGUCCAGCUGGAGAGAGUGAACGAGAUUACCAAAUUUCAAAAACUCUGUUUGCCAACUGGGAGGGAUAUUUUGAUAAAGAAAGUGGAGUGGCGUUCUAUCAGUAUUUAUUUGGAACAAGUUGCAACGACAUUUCUGCAUUUUCCACUGAUCUUAAUAAAACGCAGGCUACAGAGACUUACUCUACACAGGCUGAGUGGGAUGCAUCAUCGGAUGGGAAGUAUUAUGUAACAGUGGUUGCGUACAAUCCGGCGAUGGCUCCUUCUCACCCAGUGUGUUCAGAUGGAGUUGUUGUAGAUUCAUCACCACCUCAAGUGACUGAAGUGGCCAUUUUGGAUUCACGUAUUGUUGGAGGGUUGGUAAAAUCUGGAAGUGAUGUCUGGUUGGUGAAAAACGACAGGCGAAGGCUUUUUGUACGGAGUCCAAACAACGAGUGCCAAAGAAAAGCAACAUCAGUGAGUGAUGUUUCACAUCUCCCAGUUUAUAAGAUGGAAAAUGGAGACACCAAGACAGUUGAUACAUCAGUUUGUGUUCAGGAAAAUGGAAUGCCGGGUGAAUUCUUAGACAAGAUGUACAUCUUUAGAGAAUUUAAACUGCACAUGAAUUGGACCGGAUCCGAUCCUCAGAGUGGAAUAUACGAUUAUGAAAUUGGUUUUGCAUCAAGUAAAGACGGCGCUGCCUCUCCUGACCUCAUGUCAUUCACAUCUACACACCACCAUGAUCACGCUCAGCUAUUUCAUGAUAACGUCAAUGCAGGAAGAGAAUUCUUUGUUGUUAUUAAUGCCAUCAAUAAGGCCGGACACGCGGCCAGUAAGGUGAUUGGUCCAGUGAUAGUAUUAACUCAAAAGCCAACCUUCAGUCCACCAAUAAGAGUACUCCUGCGAGAAGGACAUCUGGUUGCUGAAUGGUCACCAACAACAUUCACUGAUGUGGAAGCCGAGUAUCUGAAGUAUUCAUUUGCAGUUGGACACUCAGCUGGUAGUGAAGAAACCCAUCAGUGGUCUGCUUUGAAAGCUGGUGGAGGAUGUGUUAUUUCCUCACCACCUGUUUGUACUGCCAUUCCUGUGUCGGAUCUACAGUUCGGUCUUCAUCAGAAACACACUUACUUUGUGUCUGUCCAAGUGGAAAACAUAGUCAGUCAACACAUAGUGGCUGCAUCACAGCCGUAUGUACACAAUGAUGAACUUCCACAUGCUGGGUUAGUCUAUGAAGUAAUACCAAGCGAUGAAGUCGAGACAUUGGACACACUGCCAUUAGAAGACAGUGACCACCAACUUUCCUCAAACAGCCUCAGUGUUCGGUGGUUUGGAUUCACCAAUGGUCUAGGAAGUGUUACAUACAAAGUUGGAUUGGGAACAACACCUGACAGUGAUGAUGUCGUAUCGCUUGUUAAUGUUAGCAGUAAAACUCAACACACGUUUACAUCUCUCAGUCUUAGUGUUCACCAGAACUAUUAUGUGCUGGUUGUGGCCACGAAUGAAGCUGGAGACACAAGGGUGUCAUCUGAUGGAUUCCAAGUAGUUGAAAACCAGACUGUGGUGUCUGAGGUUGUCAUCAAGGAUGGUCCAGUGUGUGUGUCAGCAGACGCAGUGGAAUGGCAUCCAGAGCAUUAUCAACAGGUUCCAGAACAGCCGUGUCUGGAUGAUAUAUCAUACCAGGCUUCAACCACAGUGUAUUUUGCUCACUGGACGCGUUCUGCAAAGUUCAAGUCCCUGUAUCCUGAUGCUUAUUGGAGUCUGCAAAAGAAGAACACCAAACUAGUUAACAGUUGGGACAUCGUCCAUGACUAUGAACACAUAUCAUCUGCUGAUACCAUAACUGCAGGAGGUGUAGAUUUAGAACCAGGUGACACGUACAGAGCUGCAGUCAAGUUUUGUGUUGGCAAAGUUUGUACUGAACCAGUUUUCAGUGAUGGCGUCAUAAUAACAGCACAUCCACCAAGAGCAGGACAAGUUAUUUUAAAAUAUAAAGAAUCUUCUGGAGUAUCUCAGAUUGAUGUCGAACUCAGUAAGUUUUAUGAUCCUGACAUAAUUGAUAAUGAUGAAGCCAUGUCGGCCAUUUCACGAUAUGAGUGGGCACUCACUGACAACAGACAUGACAGCCGUCUGCUAGAAAAGUGGACUCAUGUGACCAAUCUUCAAGACAUAAAUUCUGCAGAUACCUCAUUUAUUGUGACUCUCGCGGGUAAGCUGGACUUCAGAGAAUGCAGACGUCUUGCCAUCAGAGGAUUUAACAAAGUUGGACUGUCCACCACUAUAUCUGCUGAUGUGAAGAACUGCUCCGCGUUUGAUCCUGCUCUUGUUGUGUCGUCUGUCGUCAUUGAUGUUUUAGGAAAAGACGACGGUAAUGGCACGAUUACAGGAGUGAUAUUAGAACAGAAUGCCCGCUGGUUUCAAGAUGAUGUAGACUAUACACCUUACUCUAACAUGCUGUCUGCCGUGUGGCCCACUCUGAGACACAGAGACUACACAUGGGCAGUCAUGGAGGGAGGGUCAAUAGAACCAGCAGAUCACUACAAGCGAGAACCACUGAUGACAACAUCCGACCCUUGCACGUUAAGUGUCAAGUGUGGAAAGACGGACAAAGAAUAUAUAAAUAUUCCAUUUGAAGAAAACUUGGAACAUGGAAAACGUUACUACAUAUGCAUAUAUGCCAAUGAGAAAACUGUGAAGCAUGAAAAGUGGACGGAGCUGCUACCAGAAGUAAAGGAAUGCAGUGAUGGUGUUGUCGUGGAUCUGACAAAACCAACUGGUGGACGUGUGUGGGUUAACAGGCUGAGACACAAGCAGUACCAGGCUUCUCUUUCUGAAGUUGAAGUUUUCUGGGAUGGAUUUAGUGAUGUGGAGGAAAUCAACGAAGCACUUCAUCAGAGUGGUAUAGCGGAUUAUCAGUUGGCCUUGGGCUCUGUUCCUGAAGCUGGUGAUGUUGUCAGAUUCCACAGUGUUGGGUUGAUCAAUCAUGUGACUUUACACGGCCUGAAAAUGCAGAAUGGUCACACACUGUAUGCCACAGUGAGAGCUAAGGAUUUUGUAAACCAGACAACAACUGUUGCUUCCAGAGCUUUUAUUGUGGACAACACACCACCUCUUGUGACGACAAAUCAGAUGACGGGUUUUGGACGUUUUAUUACAUCAUCGCAAAUACACGUCUGCUGGGCUGGUGUCUUUGCUGACCAUGAGAGUGGAAUAAAGAGUUUCUUGGUGGCUGCAGGAUCAAGACCUGGCUAUGAUGACAUCAUAUCAUUCACUGACACAAGCGACACGUGUAUCAACCUGGAUAGCACCAACAAGAUGCAGGAUGGGUACAAAUACUACAUCACUGUCAAGGCUUUUAAUGGAGCUGGACUUUACAAGCAAACAGUGUCUCGUCCAGUGGUGACUGAUUCUUCUGCACCUCAACCUGGUCACGUCUACGACGGUUCCAGGACAGAAGACAAAGAUUACAUCAACAAUCUGUCAAUGUUUGCUGCAUACUGGGGAGGAUUCAGUGACCCUCAUUCAUUUAUUAAUAUAUACAAGGUGAAGGUCGGAACAUGUUCUGGUUGUGAUGAUCAUCUAGAAGAAUUUGAAUACAAUCUCAAUACAGAAAUUGACUUAAGCCACACAGCUCCUGCACAUGGAGUUACUUACUUUGUGACUGUCACUGCGUGUAACUCCGCCUCCCUCUGUACCAGUGUCACUUCCGAUGGUGUUAUCAUAGACAGUUCUCCUCCAACAAAAGGACACGUAAUGGAUGGACUAGGAUCAACAGAAACACAGUUCCAAGCUAUUCAAACAUUUGUUGGAGCCAAGUGGCAUGGUUUUCAAGACCCUCAGUCUGGCCUGGCUUACUAUGAAUGGAGAGUUGGGACAUCGCCUGGUGGUAGUGACAUCUACAGUGCAAGGUUACCUCUAAGAGAAUCUGCAUAUGCCACUGUAUCUCUCCCAUCAAAUAAAACAAUAUACAGUACGCUGAGAGCAUUCAACAAAGCAGGUUUGUGGUCAGAAGCAAUUUCAAAUGGAUUUUUCGUUGACCUUACAUCUCCAGUUACGGUCACUAUUCCUUAUUUAUCUAAGGAUAUAAGUUCUAUGAAGCCAUUCACUAUUGUGUCAAGAUCAAGUAUCAAGAUUAAAUGGAAGUUCAUAGAUCCAGAAUCGUCUAUAGAACGUCAAUUCAUUUCCAUUUCAUCACAUUAUUUUGGAGAAUUUCAGACAAACUCAAUUCAGGUUCCCGGAUUACUACAAGAGUAUAUCUUUACUGAACUCGAUCUUCAUGAUGGCAGCGAAUAUGAGGUCAAGGUCAUUGCCUGUAACCUGGCUGGCCUUUGUACUACUGACAAGACAGUCAAGUUGUUACAUGACAGCUCACCACCAAAAACAGGAAUGUUUGCUGUAAAGACAGACCAUGCUGCACGACUUACCAGACAUCAACCUGACUGGAUGACAUGGAGCAAUGAUAAACUUAAUCUAGCCUGGCUCGGAUUUUCAGAUCUCCAUUCCAAAAUCGACCAUUAUACCAUAAGUUUUGGUAGAACUCCAUUUGGAACAGAUCUAAAUCAAAAUGAAGAAUUGGCUAAAGUUUUACAUACUACAACAGGAGUUGACAUGGAUGAUGAAGGCUUUGUUCAGAUGUACACUGUUUCCACCAAGGAUCUCAGUGGAAGUUCUUCUGUCUUUGUUGCAGUGUGGGCCGUCAAUAAGGUUGGUUUACAGAGUAACGCUCUUCACAGUGAACUGAAGCUGGUAAAUGGAGGAGCACUGGAACUUGUGAGACGCUGUGAUAUUUUCAGUUGUGUGGGUCACUGUGUGUGUGGAAGUCAGGACAAGACUUGUAGUGCUGUUGGAAGUUGUUCUAAAGAUGGCGGGAAUAGACUAAUACUUGUAAAAGAUGUUACCGACCUCCAUUUUAACUCUUCUUAUGAUAAGCAGCAGUAUACAUCAAGUAGCAGUCAUUUAGCUGCGAUGUGGGAAAUUCUGGAAGGGGCACCAGUUAAAAGAUUUGAAGUAAGUGUUGGCUUGAGUGACAAGGAUUUACCAGAAGGUGUGUACAACCUUCAGACUGACCAGAUCUGGUUCCAUGUGGGACUAGCCACGUCUGCUGUUGUCACCAUUCCAAGAGGCAACCGACUUCACUCUAACUCUCGAUACUCUGUGUUUGUCCGUGCUUGGUAUGGUGUUAAUGACUAUGGUAUCUUCAAGUCCAAUGGAGUUGCUGUUAUUGUCAAACCAGCUGGAAUAUCAAACACAAAUGGCAGAGCGGUUAAAGAUCAUUCAAGUAAUGGACAGUCCAAGGACACAGACUUCAUUAAUAACAGCAGUGAAGUGUAUGUCAGUUGGAAGGACAACUUUAAACCUGGUCUGUUUGGACUGGCAAAGUAUGGGGUUUACAUCAGCACACAUCCUGGAGGUCACAACAUUCAUGAACGUCACAGUGCAUCAACAACAGACUCCACAUGGUACAGAGUGACUGGAAUUUCUCUCAAGUCUGAACAGAUUUAUUACUCAAACGUGUUAGCCUACAACAGAGCUGGUCUAGUAACCUGGGAUAACUCAGAUGGUUUCUAUGUGGAUAACACACCACCAGCUGCUGGACUUGUUAAUGACGGAAGAGGUCUUCAUGACACAGAUUUCCAGUCUAACCCCAAAGAUCUAUCUGCAUCCUGGCUUGGAUUCUCUGAUGCAGGAUAUGGUAUUGUGAGCUACACCUGGUGUGCUGGAGACACCACCAUACCUACCGAGUGUAACAUCCAGCAAUCACAGAAUGUAGGAUUGCACACAAGCAUCAGAAAGACUGUAGCAACAGCUCUACCCAAUGGAAAAACCAUUUACCACAAAGUCUUUUCAUUUGAUGCCUCUGGACACAGAUCAUCAGUGAGUGUGUCUGAUGGUGUAACUAUUGACUUCACUGCACCUGAGCCUGUUAGUUUUGUCUAUUUGGGAGACAAUCUAUUUAACAACCCUUCAUUUGAAACUCACAGUCAGACUCAAACACCAGAAUGCAACAGUAACAUCCCAUCAUCCUGGGAAACAGACUCUGAUUCCUGUGUGAGGCUGAUUUCCGAAGAAUCAUCCAUUGCUCGUCAUGGAAACAGUCAUGCUGUUGUUAGUGGUCGUAUGUGGCAGACAGUAUCAGCUAUGGUACAGGGCAAGAAGUAUAAAUUGACUGUUCACUUUGGAUAUCCACAUGACAUAUCAAAAAAUCAUCCGACAACAGAGGGCUAUAUUAAGUUUGGGGAUGACACAAUUUCUUUCCAUUUAGAUCCAAAUCUUUGUAAAGGUAUAUGUGAUGUCGGAAAACAAACAAGCAUUCUUUGGCACAAGUUUACUUACAUUUUUAAGGCUAAAACCAGAUCUGUAAAAAUAGCCUUUGAGACGUCUUCAAAUGAAAUCCAGCUGGCAUUGGAUCAUGUGUCAUUAAAUGUAAUUGAGCACACAGACGAGUCAUCAUCACAGAACCAAGAUGACCACAUCACAUCAACAAGCUUGUUUCUGCCUCACUGGGCUUCUAUUCAUACUGUCUGGUAUUUCAAAGAUGACCAAACUCCAAUUACAGACAAUAAAUGGGCAAUAGGUACAGUGCCAGGAGGGACCCAGGUACAGGACUUCCAAAGUGUAGGAGAGAGGACUCACGGCUUUACUUCAGGAUUAACGUUGACACAUAAUACAGAGAUCUACAUCACUGUGGUUGCCACAAACGCUGCAGGACUGAGUAGUGUAUCAAUAUCGGGAGCCAUCAAAGUGGAUAUGACACCACCUGUCAUCACUGACAUGAAUGAUGGAGAAGGCUUUGAUGCAGAUUUCCAAACAUCACCAAGACUGUAUGUCAGCUAUAAAGUUUCAGAUGCAGAAUCUGGUGUGAACUACUGUGAAUGGGCAAUAGGAACUGGACCAGGAAUAACAGACCUGAAACCAUUUAAUAAAGUUGAUGCUAGUAAGCAGCAUCAUCAUGAUAUUGAUCCUUCUCGUAUCGGCUUAUCCCUGAUGGUGUACAGUACAGUACGCUGCUACAACAAGGCAGGACUGCCAUCUCAGGCUACCACUGAUGGUGUGAAGUUGGUGAAAGAUAAUGUCUCCAAUAGCGUCUUGGAAAACAGUUUUACUGUGCUGCCUGCUGACUCGACCUGCCAGACAUCUACUGACUUGAUUGGCUUCAGAUGGGAAAACCCAGAACCCUUGGUGAAAAUCAAGCAUAUGAUAAUUACCUUGGAGUCUUCAUCUAAUACAGCAAAGAAUAUAAUUCCAACCUAUCUUACUUUUAACCACGCACACUUGCAGAAACUAAAACUACAGCAAAAUACAGAAUACAUAUACAGCCUAACACCGGUGGAUAUGUUGGAGAAGGAGGUUAUGACCGUAUCAAAAACGAUCAAAACAAUUGGAGAGCCACCAUUGUGGUUAGCUUCGUCCAAAAUAAAUGUCACUCAGUUGGCUGGUGGCACAAAAGUACUGUUGUCAUGGAAAGGUGCCGUGAAGUCGUCUUGGCCCAAUCUAGUGUAUGAAGUAUCACUGGGAACUGUACAGGGAGGAGCUGAUAUUCUAAACAAGAAAGUCACUGAUAACACGUAUGAAGAGCUGACACUUCCAGCUGCGUCACAGGACCAGGACCUCGAUAUCUACCUUACACUGGUGGCCAUAGAUAAAUGUGGAAGUACAGCAUUGUACAAAGAACAUAUAGUUGUUAAUCCUAACGAGUUAUAGGUCGAAAGUAUUAAGGACAUAUUUCUUACAUUACAUUAAAAAGUUUUACUGCCUUUAAAUUGUUAUACAUUUGAUAAGCUAAAUAUUUGAAUGUCUAAUUUACUUCAUCCAGAAUUGCACUUUGUUUCUAAUAUUAGUGAAAGUAACAAAAAUGUUUACGUAAAUAACUUGUACUCACUUUGAAAUACUUAGUUUUCAUAGAAUUCAUUGCAAAUGACUGAGGAACUACAAACGUGUACUAUUAAAAAACAUAUUUCACAAAGUGUUAUUUCAAGGAACAAUGCCCUCUUUAUCUAUUAAAUUUGAAAACCGUGUCUUUAAAAUUAAAUUAGCUACAUCCAUGAUUUUAUUCUUUAGGAUGGGUUGACGACAGUCGAUAUGGACGGGAGUUCAUAUAAAUUGUUAGUAGUCUUUAAAUUUGCAAGGAUUCUUUAUUUUGUUAUAAGCUUGUUUUGUGCACUUGCCGAGUGAUAAUUUAACACACACUACAGUUUGUUAACGGUAUAUUUGCUUUUGCAUUUAUUUGUAUUUAAUCCAACUGUUUUUCAUUUGAUUAUUGAAAUAAACAAAUAUAUAAUG